AUGGCUCAGAAACAGUGCUGCCAAGCUGCUCUGAAAGAAAAUCUCUGUGUCAAUGUCAUGACCAGUGCCAAAAGGAAAGGAAUGUUUUGUGAGCGCUGUGUGCUUGGGCUGCUGGCUCAAAGAGAGAAUCGUAACUGUGAACUGCAGAUUCCUGUCACUGUUCACUUCGGGAACGUGGCACAGGCCUGCUGUGUGGAGAAAGAGCAUGGCUUAAUCCACCAAGGGGGAACAAGAUGUUCUCAGUUUUGUGUGGGUAACGGUUCUUGCGUCUGCCUGAGUGGUUUCCAUCUUAAAUCCAAUGGCUACAGCUGUUAGGAUUACAAUGAGUGUCUGUCAGGAGCUCAUAACUGCAAGCCAGGUGAAAGCUACAUCAACACUGAGGGCUCGUACCGCUGUCAGAGUGAAACCAGCUGUGGCACAGGAUAUGAGCUGACUAAUGUCAACACUUGCCAAGAAAUUGAUGAGUGUCUGGUAGGAACACAUAACUGUGGACGUGAAUUCACGUGUCAGAACACUGUUGGGUCAUUUCGCUGCCAUCCAUGACAUCAGUGUGAGCUUGGCUUCAUCCAGGAUGCUGUCGGAAACUGCAUUGAUAUAAAUAAGUGCAUACAUGAUCAGAGCCCAUGCCAACCUGGUCACAUAUGUGUUAACACUGUGGGCUCCUACAUGUGCCAGAGGUUCUCAGUGACCUGUAGACGUGGAUAUCACCUGAACAAAGAGGGCACACACUGCAUGGAUGUAGAUGAGUGCACCAGACCACACAGUGCCUGUCAGGGCCAUGACUGUGUGAACCUUCUGGGCUCCUUCCGCUGCGACUGUCGUUCUGGAUUUAUGUUUAAUAGCAACAGCAAAACCUGUGAGGACAAUAACGAAUGCAACAGCUAUCCUAGGCACCUUUGUGCUCAUAAAUGUAACAACACUCCUGGAUCGUACCAGUGCAGCUGUCAUCCGGGGUUCAAGCUGGCUAAUGAUGGCAAGAACUGUGAAGAUGUGAAUGAAUGCGAGAAAAUCCCAUGCAGCCAGGAGUGUGUGAAUGUCUAUGGCUCCUAACAGUGUUAUUGUCACCGUGGUUACCAGCUCAACAACAUGGAUGGAAAUAACCGUGAAGAUAUUGAUGAAUGUGCUUUUACUUCUGGAGGGAAAGUUUGCUUGCAUCAUUGUGUGAACACACCUGGUAGCUAUGAAUGCACCUGCCCUCCAACAGGCUAUACAUUCUCCCCCAAUGGCAAUAACUUGUGUGCAGACAUUGAUGAGUGUGCAACAGGAACGCACAACUGUUCUGCCACGCAGACCUGCUUCAAUAUCUUGGGUGGAUUUCGCUGCCUGUCAUUUGAGUGUCCACCCAAAUACCGGGGUGCAGCAGAGAAUCGUUGUGAACGCUUGCCUUGUGAGCAGAAUAGCGAGUGCCAGUCCCUGCCACUAAGAAUCUCCUUCUACAAUCUCACAUUUCCCAUCAACAUCCCCAUACCUGCUGCCGUUUUCCGUAUGGGACGGUCCAGUUCUGUACCUGGGGACGAUAUCCAGAUCUUUAUCAUGGAUGGUGAUGCAGAAAGAUUUUUCAGCAUCCAGAAAACAGCCACUGGUGGAGUGGUGUCUGUGCAUAUACCACUGCAAGAACCCCGGGACUUUCUGCUCACUAUGGAAAUCAGACUGAUUCGAUACAGCAUCACCAGCAUUUCCGUGGCUAAGAUUGCUGUGUUUGUUAUUAAUGACCAGCCCAUUUAGCCCAUUGUGCCAAAAAGCUGGCCAAAACCUUAAUGCUGCUUCACCUACUGUGCCUUAUUCUUUUUACAAGUGUAGCCAUGGGAGUUGGUGUCAGCCUUCAUUUG